GGCCGCCGCCAUGGGGCAGGAUUACUACGCGGUGCUGGAGCUGACCCGCAGCGCCAAGGAUGCCGACAUCAAGAAGGCCUAUCGAAAACUCGCAUUGAAAAACCACCCUCACAAAAACAAGGAGUCAUGGGCGGCGGAGAAAUUCAAGCAGCUCGCGGAAGCCUACGACGUCCUGAGUGACCCAUUGAAGAAGGGCAUUUAUGACAAAUUUGGAGAAGAAGGCCUUAAAGGAGGCAUCCCGUUGGAAUUUGGGAAAGACACCCCCUGGACGGAAGGCUAUGUGUUCCAUGGGAACCCUGACAAGGUUUUCCGGGAGUUCUUUGGAGGAGACAACCCCUUCAAUGAGUUCUAUACCAGCGAAGGGGCCGAAGUCAACAUGGCCUUUGGGGGCCUUCGAGGGAGGGGAGUGAAGAAGCAGGACCCUCCGAUCGAGCGGGACCUCUACCUUUCCCUGGAAGACCUGUUCUACGGAUGUACCAAAAAAAUUAAGAUUUCCCGCAGGGUGAUGAACGAAGACGGCCACGCGUCCACCAUUAAAGAUAAGAUCCUGACCAUCAAAGUGCAGCCCGGGUGGAAACAGGGGACCAGGAUUACCUUUCAGCGGGAAGGAGACCAGGGCCCAAACAUCAUUCCAGCUGACAUCAUCUUCAUCGUAAAGGAGAAGAUCCACCCCAGAUUCAAGAGGGAGGACGACAACCUGAUCUACGUGGCCAGCAUCCCCCUCGGCAAGGCUCUGGUCGGCUGCACCGUGGACGUGAGGACGCUGGACGAGAGACUGCUGAAUAUCCCCAUCAACGACAUUGUCCACUCCAAGUACUUCAAGGUCGUGCCGGGCGAAGGAAUGCCACUCCCCAAGGACCCCACCCGCAAGGGGGACCUCAUCAUGUAUUUCGACAUCGUCUUUCCGGCCCGGCUUACCCCAGCUAAGAAGCAGCUCCUGCGGGAAGCCCUCUUGUCCUGAGACGGGCUUGCCCGGCCUCUGCCCGCUGCCAAGGGGCUGACCCAGAAGCCAAGCUUCCCACACACCCUUUUACCUCGGUUUUGUAUUCUCAAAAGCAGCAGCAGCAGAUUAGCAGAUGUGGAACUCCGCUGGCCUGUGUGCGAGUUGGCAGGAGUCACUGUCCUUAGGAAAGCCACACCAGGAAGCCCUGCACCCC